UCUGGAUCUGGAUGCAAAACAUCUGGACAGCACAUCCCAGAGAGCCUUUAAGACGGAGGAAGUGUUGAGAGGUUCCACAGAAUUUCACUUCAGGAUGAACUCAGCACAUGUUCUGCAGGCUCUGCGCCUGCUGAUGGUUUUCUCCACGGUCAGUGCUCAGCAGGGCUACAUGUAUGAUACCGGUGAGGAGUGGGUGAAUACCUGGCGCCAGGGCUUCAACUUUCAGUGUCCCCAUGGUGAGGUCUUAGUGGCAAUCAAGAGUUACUUCAGUGAGAAAGAAGGCUCGGAUCGCCUGUGGAACUUUGAGUGCCAGAGGACUCCCUACGGCUGGGGAGAGCCUAGCGAAUGCUGGUGGGACGAUAUCAACAGAGCCGGGAUGGAAUGGUCCUCAGUUUGCACUAACAAUGGGCUGGUUGCUGGCAUUCAAAGUCAGUACUUUGAAGCGGUUCUGGAUCGAGAAUGGCAGUUCUACUGCUGUCGAUAUGCCCGCAAAUGCCCGUAUUCCUGCUGGAAGACAUCUGAUGUUCCAGAGUACCACAGAGAAGAGGGAGAGAUGGUAAUUCCCAGUUACGGCUACUUCAUAAGGGGGGCUCAAACUACAUUCAGUGGUGUACUGAGGGAUCGGCAGUGGAAGUACAUCUUGUGCCGAAUGACAGACUUUGAUUGUCAAUUUGAAAAUUUCUAAACUGCAUUAAUCACUUAAUGUCCUUAUCGAAAAACCUAUGCUAAAUGAGCACAUGAACAUCACCACAAGAGCAUUUAGAAUAGCACUCACAGAAAGCAUAUGACAUACUCCAAUUUUUUAUUAGCUUUACAGUUUACAAAUUAUUGGUUUGCUCUGUUUGUAAGUCAGCAUGGGCUGCCAUGUUCUCAUAUUUUGCAGUUAUUUCUGUUAUUUCCAUGUUUAGGGACAAAAACAUUUUUAUAUUGUUGUGUAUUAUAAAUAAGCAGCACAUACAUUUAUGUUAUGCAACCAUUUAAUAAAAAAUGCAUGAAAUUUACAGUAGUUUGAACACUUUGAAUAUCACUCAACACUUAUAUAGCAGCGUAACAGUUUACAUUACAUAAUCAUGCUAAAAAACACAAUCCCACUUUAUAUUAGUUGGCCUUAACUACUAUGUACUUACAUUUAAAUUAAUCAUUUGAUACAAUGCACUUAUUUUGUACAUACCAACGCUAUCUCACGAGUCAUGACCAACUCGUACGUAUUUUACGAGGUGGCUACUUCGUACAAAUUCGUACGACCUCACUCGUACGAAUUCAUACGAUUUGUCUAAAACCCAGUAAUGGGUAGGUUUAGGGGCAGGGUUAGGGGUAGGUCAUUCGUACAUAUUCAGACGAAUUUGGCAACUCGUAUAAUAAGUACGAUUUAGCAAAAAACAUUGUGUGAGGUCGUACAAAUUUGUACGAAUUAGCCACCUCGUAAAAUACAUAUGAAUUGCCGUGAGUUUGGUACAUACAUGUUUUUAAUUAUACUAAUAUAUUAAAAAUACCUUCAUGUAAUUACAUCUGUAAUUAACUUCUGUAAUAAUUACACUGUUGACCCAACCCUAACUACCAUACCCAUACCACCAAACCUGUCCUAACCUUACCCGUAUCCCACCUCAAUAGCAGCAAAAGUGUUUUUCAGUACAACAUGAACACAUUGUACUUAUUUUUUUGAUGUAGCCUAAGUACAUAGUAAUUAAGGCCACGUAAUAUAAAGUGGGGCCAAAAACACUUUUGCUGACCAUUUAAAAUUCUGCUAUCUCCAAUGCAUUUUUGAAUGGUUGUUGUAGAAGUUCAAAAUACUCUUUUGGUAAAUUUUUAAAUCAAGGUCUCAAACACUUGAAGCCUUAAAACAUGCUGAAUUCUUUGGGAAAAUGGGUAGAACUAAUAAAGCAAAGGUUUCUCCCA